AUCACGCCGCCGUGCGAGCAGCAUAGUUUCCGACAAAAUUUUGUCUCCAAAUUUCAGAACAAAAACGCAUUAAAAUAUAAGGCCAAAAUGACGAAAGAGCAAGCAACCGCAAUACCAGAAGAGCUGUACAAUCUCACACAGUUGGCUGAGGUCACACUGGCUGCCGGACGACUUAGCACAACUAAUAUCACAGAAAUUAAAGACUACAUAAAACGCCACAAGGCAUUGGAGUAUCUUGCUGAUGAGACAACCGCCCCGAAACCUGCUUACGUUCCUCAAAUAUCAGAACCCACAAGUGUGAUAGCAAAACCUUUCACCAGCGUAAACAGUGACUCCGGUAAUGGCUUGUGGCACACAAACCAAGAGUUCAGUGCCAAAAACCAAAGUUACGACAACACAGAGUUUCAGAAUAACCAAACGGAUCAUCAUAGUUGUAAUUCCUCAUUAACAGUGCCACGGACCGCAUUCUAUUCGUCCUCCGAUGAUGAUUCCAACUACUACAGCCACAAGGUAUUUGAUCGGAAGAAGUUGCGUCGCUCUACAAUUUCCGAUCACUCACGAUACGAUGAGCACUCGUGCAGCAGCUUGCCUAGCUGUAGUAGUGACGAACAUUUCAUGGGCUCCUCAAGUAAUUCGAGCAACUCAGAGGGCAGCAAGUUGAGCGAUGGUGCCGACAGCAGUGCCCGUAGCGUUAAUUUACUCGACGAUGAACACAUAUGUCCGGAAUGCGGCAAGAAGUACUCGACAUCGUCCAACUUGGCAAGGCAUCGACAAACACACAGGUCAAUCAUGGACAAGAAGGCGCGACGAUGUCCGUACUGUGAGAAGGUCUACGUCUCAAUGCCCGCCUUCAGCAUGCAUGUGCGCACACACAACCAGGGUUGCGAAUGUCAGUACUGCGGUAAAUGCUUUUCACGCCCGUGGCUGUUACAAGGUCACAUACGGACCCAUACCGGUGAGAAACCCUUCAAGUGCAGCGUUUGCAACAAAGCUUUCGCGGAUAAAUCCAAUCUGCGCGCUCACAUACAAACCCAUUCGAAUACGAAGCCACACACCUGCGCCCGCUGUGGCAAGGCGUUUGCACUAAAGUCCUAUCUGUACAAACACGAGGAAUCUUCGUGUAUGAAAAACCAUCAACGUAACGGCGAACGCGGUGAAACGCGCACAAUCAGAAAUGCAGCAAAUACGACGAACGCCACUACCGUUAAAAGCCUGAAUACGCACUCGUUGACGGACACUGCUAAGUCCACGUUAGCCACAAAACUAUUGCAAAAAGAAAAGGAUCGACGUCAAGCCGGCACACUCAUCUGUGGUGAAAUUCUGCCCGAAACCAUCCACAAGCCACUUGAAAUCACCACCAUUUUGACGCCAACCGACAACAACUGCACGAUGAAGACGAAUGUGGCGCAGGAAAAGUCAUAUACAAUGCUGACAAGUCCCAUGUCUCAGGAAGAGUAUGAGCGUUUUAAGCGCAUCAGCGUCAUUCAGACGGCAACACCAAGUGAUAUUAUCUACCGCGACCAUGCUAUCGGACCCAUUGGCAUUGCUAAUGCGGCCACGCACAUGCCCUUACAAUAUUGUAUUGCGGGUAAUGAGCCUCCACAACAGGUACAAGAUCAACCGGUUGACUUUUCGCCAAAAAAUAAUUUUACACAUUCGACAAAGACCAGCCCUUUUGAGUUGACCGGCAAUUAUGCAAUCUUGGCUUAGUGAAGAGGCACGUAAACGUUGAAAAUAGUUCAAAAAGACAAUGACAAAUUUGAAAAAGUUAGACUGUUGGUAUGUAUGAAAACUCUGGAGCUCCACUACGGAUGUGGCCAGAUUCAGAGGUUAAAAUAUUACAUAGAAAAGACGUGAAUGUUACGGAUUGAUUUUGAUAAAAAAAAAGUAAAUUUCGUAUUUUAUGGAAUGUAUCGCGCUCGCAGUCAAUUGCUAACAAAGUUCUAAGCAAGAUGCUCAUA